GCUGGUUGUUACCCCAUGAGGUUUCCCCUAACUCACUUUCUCAUUGGUGUUAGCCCAGGGAGCCUCCCUCACCACGAAACCUUUGGAUGGACCUCGGUUCUCGUCGGAGACGCCGCCGCCGCCGGCAGCAGCUACACUACCACCAGUCUGGUGCAGGUUCUCCUCGCCGCGCGCGGCGCUGUUGCGCGAUGUCGCCGUUCGGCAGCAGAGCACGAGCAAGGAAGCCCUAUGUGUGGGGGGACCAGUAUGGCGACAGGUUCUGUGUGCACGAGCCUCAUCCGCCGCCUGAUACCUGCCGCGCGGAAGAUCACCACGAGCUCACCUGUCGGGACUCAAGGCAGAGCGCGCGGCGGCACGCGACAGAUGGCUACAGGAAAGCUGAUGUCCAGCAGAGAUGGCGGCCCGACUGUGAUCUGUGUUGAGGGGAACAUCGCCAGCGGGAAGACCACGUGUCUGGAGUACUUCAGCAGAACCAGUGACAUCGAGGUUCUGCUAGAACCCAUUUCUAGUUGGAGGAAUGUGCGCGGACACAACCCCCUGGCUCUCAUGUACCAGGACCCGGAGCGCUGGGCCAUCACUCUGCAGACCUACGUCCAGCUCUCCAUGCUGAAGCAGCAUCUGUCUCCCAGCUCAUCUUCUGUCAGGAUGAUGGAAAGGUCCAUCUUCAGCGCCAAACACAUCUUUGUGGAGAACCUCUUCAGAAGUGGGAAGAUGCCAGAGGUGGACCAUGCAGUUCUGAGCGAGUGGUUCGACUGGAUCACAGCGAACAUGUCUCUGCCGGUGGAUCUGAUCGUUUACCUGCAGACGUCUCCUGAGACCUGCCAUGAGCGGCUGAAGAGGCGCUGCAGAGAGGAGGAGAAGGUCAUCCCUCUGGAGUACCUGCAGUCCAUCCAUCAGCUGUACGAAGACUGGCUCUUCAGGCAGACUCUGGCUCCGCUGUUGGUCAUUCCUGCAGACCACGACCUGCAGCGAAUGCUGCAACAGUAUGAGGCGCACAGGGAGCAGAUCCUCCUGACCCCAAAACGGCCCUCAUGACCAGCACGGAGAUGUUUGGACCGAUCCGCUCAACCUUUCAUCACAUUCCCAGCAGCUCCUUUUCCUUUGACAUUCCCUCAAGUCUGUUACCUGAGGUUCCUCUGGAUUAAACCGGAUCUCCGUUGUUUGGCGUUGGUGUUGAACACCACACAAACGAAGUAGAAACUUUUAAAAUGUUUUUCUCCUGUUGGUUCAUAUGAAGCUUUUAGUUGGAAGUAAAGCGAUCUAUUUUUACAAAGAUCCUAAAUUAAAGCGAUGGUUUACAUAUUCUGCUUUUAAAAAGAA